AUGCUGUUGUUCAGAUCCUUCGGCUCGAAAGUGGACGGGGGCAGGGGCAGGGACAGAAAUGGUAUAGAGAUGAAAUGGUCGAGGUUGCAUCAUCUCCCGUGGACACAGAUAGUCCAUCUCAUUGCCCGCCAAAAUUGCCACGACGAUCCCCUUGACGGUGUUCCUGUCGCGCGUUGUUUACAGCUAGCGGUCAAUAGCGCGGACACGGACCAGGCCCACAAUCUUUCCCAUGGCCCUCACCGCUUCUGCUCUCCUUCAACCUCUCUCCGCACCAGCACCAACACCACCCUCUACCAACUUCUUGCGCAUUCUCAGCUCCCACCCAACACCUUUACCUCAGCACCACAUCGCCCACCGCCAUCAUGCGUCCACCUCCAGACCGGUCAAUGCGGUAACCAAAUCGGUGCCGCCUUUUGGCAAACCAUCUCCGGCGAGCACGGCCUCGACGGCUCCGGUGUCUACAAUGGCACUUCAGAUCUCCAGCUCGAGCGCAUGAAUGUCUACUUCAAUGAGGCUUCCGGCAACAAGUUCGUUCCCCGUGCGGUCCUCGUCGAUCUCGAGCCUGGUACCAUGGAUGCCGUCCGCGCUGGACCUUUCGGACAGCUCUUCCGUCCCGACAACUUCGUCUUCGGCCAGUCUGGUGCUGGUAACAACUGGGCGAAGGGUCACUACACUGAGGGUGCCGAGCUGGUUGACCAGGUCCUCGAUGUCGUCCGUCGCGAGGCUGAGGGCUGUGACUGCCUCCAGGGUUUCCAGAUCACUCACUCCCUCGGUGGUGGUACCGGUGCUGGUAUGGGUACCCUAUUGAUCUCCAAGAUCCGUGAGGAGUUCCCUGACCGUAUGAUGGCCACCUUCUCGGUCGUGCCCUCCCCCAAGGUCUCCGACACCGUUGUCGAGCCCUACAACGCCACCCUAUCCGUGCACCAGCUUGUCGAGAACUCCGACGAGACCUUCUGCAUUGACAACGAGGCUCUCUACGAUAUCUGCAUGAGGACCCUCAAGCUGAACAACCCUUCAUACGGUGACCUGAACCACCUCGUCUCCGCCGUCAUGUCGGGUGUCACCACCUGCCUGCGUUUCCCUGGUCAGCUCAACUCCGAUCUCAGGAAGUUGGCUGUCAACAUGGUGCCCUUCCCCCGUCUCCACUUCUUCAUGGUCGGAUUCGCUCCCCUUACCAGCCGCGGUGCCCACUCCUUCCGCGCCGUCACCGUUCCCGAGCUCACCCAGCAGAUGUUCGACCCCAAGAACAUGAUGGCUGCGUCCGACUUCCGUAACGGUCGCUACCUGACCUGCUCUGCCUACUUCCGUGGUAAGGUCUCCAUGAAGGAGGUCGAGGACCAGAUGCGCAACGUCCAGAACAAGAACUCAUCCUACUUCGUUGAGUGGAUCCCCAACAACGUCCAGACCGCUCUCUGUUCCGUGCCUCCCCGUGGCCUCAAGAUGUCCUCCACCUUUGUCGGUAACUCGACCUCCAUUCAGGAGCUAUUCAAGCGUGUUGGUGACCAGUUCACUGCCAUGUUCAGGCGCAAGGCUUUCUUGCAUUGGUACACUGGUGAGGGUAUGGACGAGAUGGAGUUCACCGAGGCCGAGUCCAACAUGAACGAUCUGGUGUCCGAGUACCAGCAAUACCAGGAGGCUUCCGUCUCCGACGCUGAGGAGGAGUACGACGAGGAGGCUCCUCUUGAGGCUGAAGAGUAA